AUGGAGCCUCUGAGCGACACCCUUUGGGAUGUCGUGAUUUGCGGCACCGGCCUACAGCAGUCGCUGCUUGCCUUAGCCCUCUCGCGCUCAGGGAAGAAGAUCCUGCACAUAGAUCCCAACGAGUUCUAUGGCGGCGCCGAGGCGGCGUUGAGUCUGCAGGAAGCUGAGCAGUGGGUGGGCCGCAUAUCGUCUGGCACGGGUGGUGGCCUCUUCAGGGCUGCGGCCGUCAGUCGGUCUGAGGAUGACACCCGCUUGUCGCCCUCCCGCGCGUACUCGCUUGCCCUUGCGCCGACGGUAAUCCACGCUCGCUCGGCGCUUCUCUCGCAGCUGGUCUCGUCCCGCGCCUAUCGCCAGGUCGAGUUCCUCGCUGUCGGAGCCUUCUACAUCUUCAAGCCGCCCCAGGACCCUGCGCAGAAGCCCACCUUGGCCCGCAUCCCAUCCACACGCGAGGAAGUCUUCUCGACAACGGCCGUGGCGACCAAGUCGAAGCGCCUGUUGAUGAAGUUCCUCAAGUUCGUUCUCGACUACGAGGCUUCGCCCCAGCGGGAACUGUGGCAGCCGCAUGCUGACGCACCCUUGACCGAUCUGCUGCGGCAAGAGUUUAAGAUGGAUGCAGAGCUGCAGACAUACAUCCUCACCCUCACGCUAUCGCUGGACGACAGAAUUAGCACCAGAGACGGGCUGGCUGUUAUCCAUCGCCAUCUUUCGUCCAUGGGUGUCUACGGCCCAGGCUUUGCCGCCCUCUACCCCAAGUGGGGUGGCCUCUCGGAGAUCGCUCAGGUUUCGUGCCGUGCUGGCGCCGUCGGCGGAGCCGUGUACAUGCUUGCGACCGGGAUCAAGGAGACUGAGUCUACUGAUGACGGUGUCAAACUGCUACUCACCUCUGGCGACUCGGUGAAGGCCCGCAUGUUGGUACGCGCCGACGACAGCCCCAACCACAACCAGCUCUCUAUCCGCAGGCUGGUAGCCGUGGUGGACUCGCCUCUAAGCUCCUUGUUUGAAGCCGCCGUUGAGGGCGCUCCGAAGCCCGCUGUCGCAGUCAUCGCCUUCCCCGUGGGUUCCGUGGAGGAGGCGUCUGGGACGGAGUCCCAGCGCCCGAUAUAUCUCUCUGCUCACUCCAGCGACACCGGCGAAUGCCCUGCUGGUCAGACGGAUGCCUUGGACCUGGCAUUGCAAGCCUUCCUUCGUGCCGUUCCUGAAGACCGAGUGCCCAAGGUCCUCUUCAAACUCCAGUAUGAUCAGCUGGAUGGCGGUUCGGAAAGCCUUGGGUCGCAUGGCCCAGUGUUCACCUUCCCUACCCGUUCGUCUCCGCUUUCUUUCGAUGACUCGGUUCUCGAGCCAGUCCGCGAGGUAUGGAAAAAGAUGAUGGGCGACGCCGCUGUCGAGGCGGAGUACAUGGUGUUUGAAGACCGGGAGGGCGCGGUAGAUGAUGACGAUGUGUAUUAA